AUGGCCUCGCCGCCUCCCCGCCCGCGAAUCGAAUCCCCAUACCUCGUCUCCCUCUUCGCAGGCGGCAUAGCAGGCACCACAGUCGACAUCUCGCUCUUCCCCCUCGACACGCUCAAAACCCGGCUUCAAUCCGCCUCCGGCUUCCGCGCCGCAGGCGGCUUCCGCGGCGUAUACGCCGGCGUAGGCUCAGCAAUAUUCGGCUCCGCGCCCGGGGCAGCGCUCUUCUUCGUGUCCUACGAAGGGAUAAAAAGGCACUUCGCCCACGCUAACGCGCCUUUGAGCGGCGCCGGGCAAGCGGGCGUGCACAUGCUCGCCGCGAGCGUGGGGGAGGUGGCGGCGUGCGCGGUGCGGGUGCCGACGGAGGUGGUGAAGCAGCGGGCGCAGGCGGGGCAGUUUGCGUCGUCGCGGGAGGCGCUGGGGUUUAUUUUGCGGCAGAGGGGGACGCGCGGGGUGGUGCAUGUUUGGCGGGAGCUGUAUCGCGGGUGGGGCAUUACGGUGCUGCGCGAGGUGCCUUUUACUGUCAUUCAGUUUCCUUUGUGGGAGGGGAUGAAGAAGUGGGCGUUGCGGCGGAGGGGAAAGAUGGCGUAUGCUGGUGAGGUGACGGGGUUGGAGAGUGCGCUUUUUGGGUCGAUUUCCGGGGGGAUUGCUGCCGGGUUGACUACGCCGCUUGAUGUUCUCAAGACUCGACUGAUGCUUGCGAAAGAGAGGGAGAGCGUGGUGGCGGUCACGAGACGCAUAUGGAGGGAUGAAGGUGGUAGGGUGUUCUUUUCGGGCAUUGGGCCGCGGACGAUGUGGAUUAGCAUUGGGGGCGCAGUGUUUUUGGGCAGCUAUCAAUGGGCUAGUAAUAUGCUUGGAGGAAUGCCAGGUUGA